AGAGCUUUUUGAAGGAGGGAAAUUCCCCUGAGAAACCAAAGAGACCUCCAUUGACUUUUCAAUACCCUCUUCUUGACCACAUCGACAUCCAGCAGCGAUGUACAGUGGCAACAGCUACUCACAGGCCAAGUUUGGUCUGGAGGCCAAGGACAUCCACAAGGCAAAGGGAAAGAGCUGCGGCUAUUACAUGAGGGUGGUCUUCUUCUUCUCCUCUCUGAUCCAGUCCCUCAUCAUCGUGAGCCUGGUGCUGUUCCUGGUCUACGGCCAGCCAGAGAAGUCUGCUGAAGAGAGGAGGGUAGUGGAGCUGGAGCAGAGUUUGAACAGGAUCAGCGAGAACAACAUUAACCUGAGGAAGGAUAAAGCUGACCUGGGAGCUGCGCUGGGGGCCAGGAAGGCUGAGAAGACAGCCCUGGAGGGAGAGGUGGCCAUGCUAAAGAAAGCAGCGAAUGCCUCCGGGGAGCAGAUCAGAGCCCUCAUACUGAAAGCGAGCCAGUGUGAAACAGACAAGAGGAAAAUAGAGAUGAGCCGUGCUACCCAUGUCCGGGGACCCACCACCCCUUUCAUCUUCGCCACUCCUAACACUGAGGUAAAAACCCUCCAGUCUCUGAACUCCCAGCAGGCAGCAAUAAUCAAACUGAUCGAAGCCAACUUCACCCAGACCAACCAGUACAUCCGCAUCGAGAGGGACAAUGCCAUCAAGGACCGUGACGCCCACAACCUUGAGACCAUCUCUUUGCGUAGGGAGAACAACAACCUGAAGGAACACCUGAAACUCUACACCCAGAAGUGUAAAGAGGACUUUGCCAAGUCUCUGGAGGGGAUCCAAAUGGUGACCAGUAACUUCCUGGUGCGCAUCGACAACCUGUUCCCCCACUCCAUGACCUUUCACCUGACCUGUGAGAAGCAGACAGAGCAGAUGGAGAACAUCAGGGCCAGAUGCUCCAACCUGUCUAAGGAGGUUGAGGACAAGUUCCAGAGAUACCUGGACAACGUGGGGAACAAGGUGGCAAACAUCCAGGCCCUGUCCAGUCGCCUGGAGGUCCAGAACAGCCAUCUGACCCUUGACCUCCAGCAGUGUGUCCAAAACCGCAGCGCGAUGGCGGCGGAGGGCAGCAGGCUGCUGUUAGAGAUCCGGGAGAACCACGACAGGCAGGUAGAGACCCUGCUGAAGGAACAGAACCGGCUGAGGGAGGAGAAGAGCCUGCAGGGAGAGAGACUGAUUCUGAGGGAGGCUGAGGUCAAAACACUCAACGGGAAUGUCGAGUCACUCACCACCGCUCUAACCAACUGCAACCCUAAGCUCACCGGCCAAAAGCCUCUCGGACUGAUGUCAGCCUUGAAGGGGGGGCCAUCCAUUGCAGCACCAGUGAUCAGUAAACCCCACAUGGCGAGGUGAGGAGAGACGGGUGUGAGGAAGAUGCCCCACUCACACAGCUCUACCUAGGCCAUGACCGAGUGAGAAAAUGAAGGCACUUACUGUUAUGGUCCCUGGAGAAUUGGGUGCGAUGCCUUUCAGUGAUCAAUGUGUGCUCUUAGACCUUAUAAUGUCCAUGUGUAAAUACUACAGACACUAUAGGUUGUAUCUACUGUCCUACAUCAUGUACACUGAACAAAAAUAUAAUUGCAACACGUGAAGGUGUUGUUGCCAUUUUUCAUGAGCUGAAAUAAAAGAUCUCAGAAAUGUUCCAUAUGUACAAAAAAAACGUAUUUCUCUCAAAUUGUGCACAAAUUUGUUUACAUCCCUGUUAGUGAGCAUUUCUCAUUUGCCAAGA